AUGCUACUUCUCCAUGCAUCACAUGGUCUGAGACACAUUGUGGUAGACCCUGAAAAGUUGCCCACUAGAAAUCUCAUCCCGCGAAAAGUGACCGUGUCGGAUCCUCACUUCAAGGAGCUUGUCCCUGGUAGUAGCAUCUCCUGGAGGUCACCUCUACCAGCUGUGUAUCUCGAGGAUGCCGGUUCAGCAGUUUCAUACUCAAUCCUUUGGCCAGGGAGUAAAAUUCAUCUUUGGGACUGGAGAACGCUGGCCGAACAUAGUGGACGAACACUGGCAUUGAAAUCCCCUCCAGUAGUAGUUCCCGGUCCAUCAUGCUACACGUUUGAGACGCUAAACUACGAGAGUGACCCUGAAUAUUUCGAGGAUCCACCUCCGCCUUCACCACGCGCUAUCUCGCCAUUUUCCCGUGUUAAUGGUGCCCCCAUUUUCAGUGUCAGCAUCUCUGGCCCUGCGACCCUAUCAAUGGAUGAUCAAACCCCCUCGAGGCCGCGAUAUACUCUCACCGUCACUGUCUCAUAUGACGCAGAAGCUGGUCCUCCGCUGUGCGGCAGACCAUUGACAUUCCAUUCAUUCGUUUUCAAACAACCAGAUGAUUACCACGAAGGCUUCAGACUAUAUAGAAGAGGAAACAACGCUUGGACUCCGUAUGAAUGGAGGACACAUCAGAGGGGUUUCAUAAUCACUGAACCCCAUCCACUCAAUGUUGGUCGCAAUGACGAGAACCACUUCUGGACUUUAAAACCCGGGGAGUCCUGGUCAUUUACCCGGGAGGUGAAUGAAUUCCCAAAGGAUGCAGCUCCAGGUGAUCAAUACCGGUAUUUAUUCAAAGGAGCUACGCUCGACUGGUGGGAUUUUGGCAGUUUUGAAGAUCAUAAAGACACCAUGGUUUGGGUGCCUGGGUGGCUUGUGGCCAAGGUUAAAGAUCCUAAAGACAAUGGAGGUAGACCUGUCAUUAUUGUGCCAGCCAGCAAUGCGGUGGAAUUUACAUUGAUUGAUUGA